UACACUGGUCAAUAAACUGCUUGGGACAUGCCGUAUAAAAUGUGUGAGCCUGGAAUAGUCUGCUCUAACUUAGAACAGAGAAAGAUUACAAGCUUUCCUGAAUGCGGCUACUUACACUAUUAAUCUGUAAACUCAAGGACAUGCAAGCUUUGGGGAAUUGCGGCUUGUGUAUGUCUCGGAGAUUUUUUCAGAGCCGGACCGACUUCCUGCUUACGUCGGUCAAUAUGGCUACCAUCCGUCAAGCGACAGCAUGUUUGCAUUUAUUCAGAGCCACAGCCAGUGGAAUAUUCGUGAAGAGAAAGCCUGUACAGCGGUUUUUACGCAUCCCAGAAAUGAUGCAGAUAAAUACUGUGUCCUUCAGCAUGGGCAGUGGACUAUGUACGGUUCCCUUCAUACAGCAGACAGAAAAUCUCUCACAUGAGUCUCUGAUUCGACGGGCAUCCUGCUUGGUCACAGACAGUGCCAACACUUACCUUUCCCAAACCACCAUGGCUCUUGUAGAUGCCCUCACACUCUAUACAAAGGCUCUGCACACCCUCAUCGCUCUUCAGAAGCGCUAUCUGGCCUCAAUUGGAAAACUCACUCCUGCUGAGGAAGACAGCAUUUGGCAAGUGAUCAUUGGCCAGCGAGUGGAGGUCGCAGACAGGCUGGAUGAAUGUAAAUGCUUUGAGUCAAAAUGGAUGAAUGCUAUCAACAUCUGUGAGUUGUCAGCUGAGGCUGCUUACAAUUCAGGAGCAGAACAUUCAUCUGAUGCAUUAAAAAGCAACAUGCAAGCAGCACAGUCUAAAAUAGAAGAGAUGAGGAAACUCCAGUUGGCAGCACAGAAGAGUCUGGCUGAAAUGAAAGCUGAAGAAAUUCAGAGAAUGGCGGAGUAUGCGUCAAGUAUCAAUUUGCAGGAUCUGGAAGAUGUUCCUGAGGCCUACCUCCGUGAAGAUUGAGGAAGCAGACAGUGAUAGAAAAAGGAUGAACUGAAUUGUUUAGCAUCAGCUCUGACAUGGAGCCUUUCAGCUACAAAAAUGUAGUAUGGCUGAGAACCAGUGAUAUGAGUAUUACAUGUUACAAUUUAAACUUAGCCUUGCAGCGCAAAAUAACUAAUUUUCAUUGCUAGGCAAUAAUUACUAUCUGCUUUUCUCUUACAGUAACUGGUUAAGAUGUGUGCUAUCCAUAUUUUAUCAGGGGGGGAGUACAUGUCAAGCUGAAUCACAAUUUCUCACAUGUAAGCCAGUAAUUUGUUAAGCUGGUGGAUACACUAUUUUGAGAUCAUUACAAAAAAAUACUACUGCUUUAUUUUAAUGUAAAUAAAAUCUUAUUUUUCUAUGAA